AUGCUGUCUGAUCAGAUCGAGGUCCGCGAUGAAGAGUUCUGGUACGAGGAUGGAAGCAUCGUCCUCAUCGCUCAGGGCGUCGCAUUCCGUGUCUUCCGCGGCUUGCUCGCCCAGCACUCCGAGGUCUUCCGCGACAUGCUUUCUAUGCCGCAGCAAGAAGAGACCAGCAUGCUGGAGGGUUGUCCCAUGGUCGAGCUUCACGAUUCACCUGAGGAUUUGCGCUAUCUCCUUCGGGAACUAUCGCUGGGUGGAAGGCGCUUUGGACCGGCUGAGAUCAAGUUUACCGCUCUCGCUGCUGUCAUCCGUCUUUCACACAAAUAUCAAUUCAAGGAUCUCCUCAAAGACGCUGUCACUUGUCUGAAGAGCUACUUCACCGACAGCUUCGAUGUCUGGAGCAAGUCAAUGGAACCGGGGUCACGUCCGAUUUUUCAUCUCGAACCGGCGGAUGCGAUAGCGGCGGUUAAUCUGACGCGACUUACCCGCGAGGUGUCAAUGCUCCCAACCGCUUUGUACAGCUGCUGCCAGCUGCCUACCGAGCUAUUACUGAAGGGUAUCCGUCGAGCAGAUGGAACUACCGAGCGCUUAGAUGAAGAUGACCUCAUCCGGUGCAUCGAUGGAAAAGCGAAUCUGCUUAUAGGAUCUCGACGAGCCCGUGAUGAUGUUAGCUACGAUCCUGCGUCUGUCAGGCAAAGCUGCAAGUGCUCAAAUUACGCGGCUUUUUCAACAUUCAUACAUGAACGCAUCCUGCAAUAUGGAGAAGACACUCGAUUCAGUAUGCUGAGUUCAUGGGAAUCAAUGAUAAAGGAGAAGGGGGGCGUAUUCCCUAUGUGCGGUGGAUGCAUUUAUCGGAUGAAAGAGAAAGACGUCGAUUGUCGCAAGCGAAUAUGGCAGGAACUCCCCAAAUACAUGGGUGUCUCGGUGCCAGGAUGGUCGUAG